AUGGAAAUUGAAGGUGUUUGUUGUGAUACAUCAAAAUUAGAUAAUUGUAGUGAAAAGAUUUUAAAAAGAAUUAAAGAAAUUAAUUGUAGUGUUUAUAAUGAAGAUUCAAAAUUAAUAAGAGAACCAAAGAUUAAUUUAAAUUCACCACAACAAGUUUUAGAUUGGUUUGGAAAGAAUUUAGAGAAUUAUAAAAUCACGAGUUCAAAUAAGGAAACGUUAGCAAUUGAAAGAGUGAAAUUUUUAAAUUGUAAUAAUAAAAAAGUGGUUGAUUUCAUUGACUCUGUUUCAAAUGUAAGAAAGUUAACAAAAUUAAAUUCAUCCUAUAUAAAGAUAAUAUUAAAAUCAAAUAGAACCAAUAAUUUGAAAUUUCAAUUCUCUUGUUUAUGGAAUCAAACUGGUACAACAACAGGUCGUCUAUCUUCAACAAAACCAAAUUUUCAAAGUUUACCAAGAAACUCAACAAAAUUAACAAAAUUAAAUAAUAUCGAUUUUGAUGAUGAUGAUAAUUUUAAUAAUAUUAAUAAUAAUAAUAACAAUAAUAAUGGUGAAAAGAAUUUAUAUACUUUAUUAAAUAAUGAUAAUGAUGGUGAUGAUGAUGAAGAUGACGAUAACAUUGAUGAAUUAAAUUCAUAUAAUAAUAAUAAUAAUAUAAUUAAUAUUAGAAAUUCAUUUAUUUCAAGAGAAGGUUAUAGUUUAGUAGCAUUGGAUUAUAAUCAAAUUGAAUUAAGAAUUAUGGCACAUUAUUCAAAGGAUAAACAUUUAAUUGAAUAUUUCGAAAGUGGUAAAGAUGUUAUUAAUAUGAUGGCCUCAAGAUUAAUUGAUGGUGUCGAUCCGAAUAAUGUCAAAAAGGAAAUUCGUGAUAAAGUUAAACGUAUAGUUUAUGGUAUACUCUAUGGUAUUCAAAAGAAUUCAUUACAUAAACUUUUAGGUGUAUCUCUUGAUGAAGCUCAAGAACACAUUAAUAAUUUUAAUUUAAAAUUUGAAGAGGUUUCAUCAUUUAUUAAAAUUAAUUCUCAAAUUAAAAAUGGUAAAAUUUUAACAAUUGGAAAUAGAAUAAGAAGAUUUCAAGACCAUUCUUCUAUUAUUCCCUCAACGUCAUCAUCAUCGUCAUUGUCAUCGUCACCAAUUCAAGCAAUCAAUUCAAUAAUGCAAGGUAGCUCAGCAGAUAUUAUAAAGAUGGCAAUGAUUAAUAUUAUGAAUGAAUUAUUAUUACCAUUAUCAAAAUUAAGGGAAUUCAUUGGUGUUAAUAGCAAAGGUGAUGUUGUUGGUACACCUAGAUUUGUUUUACAAGUUCAUGAUGAAUUAGUGUUUGAAAUACCUGAUCAAUUACUCUCUGAUGAAUCAAUAAGAUUAGAUCUUUUAAUUAAAUAUCAAAUGGAACGUAUUGGAAAUCAUUUCAAUCUAUUGGUACCAUUAGUCACUUCUCUUUCAAUUGGUAAAAAGUAUGGUUCGUUAUCAAGGGUUAUGGUAGAUCCAAAAAAUAUCGACUUAAAUGGAAAAAUGAAUAAUUUUAAAUCAAUCUUAAAUUCAUUUACUGAUUAUAAUCUAAAAAUAAAAUAA